CUAUCAGAAGAAGUCCCGAGGAGAUACCUGAUAGCGGGAAGGGUCUGUUCCACAUAUGGUCAGCUCUCCGCCGUCAUCAUUGCGACUGAGCCAGAAAGCGAAGACAGCGUCCGGACACACAUCCUUGUCGGCGAAAAUGCUCUCCAUAGGUGUUGGGAUGUGAUCGACAGCUAUUGAAGGCCACGCCAUACCAAGAAUGCCGUCGAUUAGAAAGCCAUCCAUAUCAAGCACUUGCGAUGCACAAAUGAACAUUUGUUCGGAUAUACACCAUCUCGGAUCCGUGUCGAAGCAAACGCUAUCGAUGUCGACACGGCCUUUUAUUUGGCCUGUUCCGUAAGAAACGUUGAGGGGGUAGGUCGGGUACUUUGCUUGUUUGCAGGUGUGGGAUAG